UUGACUCAAUAUUAGUGUCCGUUGGGAUACCACUUGUUGCAGCGUCGAUUUAUUGUUCAUUCGAGUACAAAGCAAAAUAUUUGCAGGAGAUGGAAGAGUUUCACAAACGCUACUCUAGAACAUGUCGAGAACAUCACGUAUUUCCAUUGGAAGGUGUUCUAAAUCAUAUUCGAAGCUAUUCAGAUGACGAAUUGAUUAGCGAAGGUAAAUCAACUCCAGAGAGUGGGACGAAGUUAGAUCUUUCCUGUUGUAAUCUAACUCCAGAGGACUGUAAUGCACUUGUUAGUACUCUUACAGACGACCUAUUCUUUGAAGAGCUAAAUUUAUCCGACUGUUUGCUUAGUGAAGAAUCAAGCAAAAUCAUUCUUAGAGGCUUGAUGGACAACAAGGCCGUCAAACGGUUGAACUUGAAAGGGAAUAACAUUCGCUCAGGGGCUGCAGAAAUCUUGGGUCAGUUCCUUAAGAGAAACGGGUGUGUUCGCAGUCUACUUAUCGAGUGGAACUCGCUUGGCUUGUGGAAUAAUGGAAUGAGAGCUAUUUGCGAGGGACUGGCUCACAAUCAAGUGUUACUAUUUCUCGAUUUGAGGAAUAAUCAGAUUACCCAUGAAGGAGCAAGUCAAAUCGCGGUUGCAUUAAAGCGUAACCAGUGUUUAAGAGGUCUAGAUUUACGCUGGAAUAAUGUCGGCCUCCUUGGUGGAAGGGAAUUGCUGGAAGCUUUAAAGUUUAACAAAAGGCUUGUGGGGUUAGAACUCACAGGGAACAACAUUCCUCAAGAUAUUGUUCAGGCUUUGUCUGUUGCUAUCCAACAGAACAGUGACAGACAGGUAACUUUUGAAGAACAUCAGGCACAAACUGAGGCUUUAGCAAGAGAAUUAGAAAUGACACAAGAGCAAAAAAGGCAGGAGGUGUCAAGUUUGAAAGAAGAAAUUGACCAACAGAGAUCAAGUCAGGAACAGCUUAAUAGAAGUAUGCAAAUCAAGAUAGAUCACUUGAGAACAGCUUUGGAUGAAAGGAAAGCAGCAUUUGAUUCUCUAUCAUCUAAGUUGUCCACCACUGAAUCGGAAUUACUUUUGUCAAGAAAAAUGUUCUCUGAACAGAAGCUUGCAGUAAAAACACUAACUGAAGAACUGCAAGAGGAAAAGGAAAGCAAGGCUGCAACAGAGCUCCUCCACAGAGUGAAGAUGAAUGAGGUUCUAGAGAAAAACCAGGAGUUAGAAAACACAAUCAACAUUCUUGAAAGAAGAAACAAGAGCCAUGAGAAUAAGAUAUGUACUUUAGAGAAAGAUAUUGAAACCAUGGAAACCCAGUUUGCAGAUAAGGGAAAGGCUAGUGAUCAAAAAUUCCAGGAAGAGCUUCUAAAUACUGAAAGAAGGCUACAAAAAGAAGUGAGCAAUCUUCAAGAGAAAGCUCUGGAAUAUCGUGAAACUAUAAAAGAAAAGAUAAUGAAGUUGGAGGAAGAGAAGAAUGCAUUUGAAGAAGAAGUUAGCAGUUUAAAAUCUCAGUUGGUGUCAUUGAGGAUCUCCUCGGAUGAAGAACUCCGAAACACAAAGACAAGGUUAAAACAAGAUGAAAUUACUAGGUCCAGACAGUAUGAUGAGCACAUAUCUCAGAUCCAGCAAUCACAGAGUGAGCUUCAAAUCCAAAACACAAAACAGUUAACUCAGAUCACAGAUUUGCAGUCUCAGCUUAACUCUGCAAACAGAGACAAUGAUGUGUUUAGAAGGCAAAUAGAAACUUUGAAGCAGCAAGUGGAACAGAAAGAUGCAGAUUAUAGAACUGAGGUAAAUCGGUCAAGAAUUGAACUUGACUCAGAAAGGAAAACUCAGUCUGAGCUGCGAGAUAAAAUUUCUGACUUGGAAAGUAGAAUGAUGGAAAUGACCAGAAGACACCGGGAUGCAAUAGGCAUAAUGGAAAGUGAAUUGGAACACCUAAAGGAACAGCUCAGAUGCAAAGACAAUGAAAUCAAAAGAAUUCAUGAUGAAGAAAUGAAGAGAGCUGAACUUCUAGAGAAAGCCAUAUAUAGCUAUGUAUCCAGCACUAAAAAUUCUUCACUCUCUCCUCACUGAUCUUAGUGGAGUCACUCUUAGAUUGGCAAUGUACUUAUUAUGAUUAAGGCACUGGCAUCAUUCUGCUAUUUCUCAAACAAAGGUUUCCAUUGAUAACUCAACAACUGGUUCACUCAUUUCAAUGUGAAAUGAUCUGAAUAUAACCUCAGUUUAACCUUAACAUAUUAUCUUGCUUGAAAUUGCAGUCACUGUGUGGUAUUCCAUGCAUCAUAAAGUUGCUAAACUUUUGGGCCAUUUUCACUGCACCUUUGUACUUAAAUAAUUUUACUUGAUACAAACAAAAUGUUUUGGUUAAAAUAUGAAGUUUUUAGCAUAAAUAAAUAAAUAAACAUAAAUAAAUAAACAUAAAUAAAUAAACAGAAGUUUUUAGCGCAAAUAAAUGGUGUUCUUAAAAGCUGAAUGGAAAAUUGUAGUUGCAAUCUGGAAAAAUUGUACAAUGAUGAAGAAAUGAAAUUUCCAUUAGGAUGAGGAAUUCCCAUUAGGAUGAGGAAAGUCAGCCAUUGCAAAGUUAUGUCCAAGUAUCAAGUA